GGCUCACAGCUGUGCGCCGAGCUGUCCACUUGCCUUGCCUGGAGAUUCGUUCUCCAUCAUGGCACUGCUUCUACGAGCAGCACGAUGCCGCACAGCUUUGGGUGUGCGAGGAGUUUCGAGCUCCUCUGUUCGUCUUGGAGGUAUGCCCCCGUUCCUGCACAUGCCGCCACCACCUCCUCCUGAGUUUGAGCCAGAUGGCACUCCAAAGAAGUACCCUUUGCAUCAACCAGUUUGGGACCAUGGCUAUGAUUGGGAGCAUUGGACCUUGAUGCCAGCAGGAAUCUUCCACACCGUCUACUAUGGAGAGUUUGCCCAGGACUAUCCCCCCUACUGGGCAUGGUUGCAGAGCUUCCCGGUCUGGGUCGUGUCACCAAUCAUGAUCACACUGGCUAUUGUCUUUAUGAUGAUCUUCCAGAACGCAGGCAGUAUUGGAAUCAGGCCCAAACGAUACACUAUUGAGUGGAUGCAGGCAAAUCGUGAACGUGAACGUCAGGAAAACACCAACCCGGUCACGCGCUACUUGGAUCGACGCCGUACUGAGCGUGGUGGGACUUGGAUUGCUCAGUACAACCUGCCGUGGCACCCAUACUGGGUGUGGAUGCGUGACUCCCACGAUCCUGACUACCCUGAGUUCUAUUUGCCAAAGCCUGGCCAUCCUCACUUGCACUAUGAGGACACUAAGCGCAUGAACAUUCCCUUCAGCACCGAGGGUGAGCCAGAAUGAGGGGCAGGCCGCCUCGCUCGCAAAAAGCCUGAGCAAGCUGAGAGUCAGGGGCAUUCCUGCCGUUGAAAAGCAAUGUCAUGUGAGAUCUUCCGGGAACUUCCACAAAAAGAAACGGCGGGCGACCGGGACCCUGUCGAUCAGCCAAGCCGGCGUGGUUGAUUUUGAUAAGCAGAUCUUCUCAUGGAUCGCGAGCGCUCCAAAAGA